AUGCUUGAGUUUGACCCCGAUCGCGUACCGCCCAUCAAGCUCGGUCUCCAUAUUGCACAGAUUGUUCUGGGCUUUGUGCUCUGGGUGCUCGAGAUUGUCGUCUUCACUGGCAAGGGCUCCAAGGUUGUCGGAAACAAUGGCUGGACGUUUGCCGCCUUCUUCAUUUCCAUACCCAUAUGGGUAUAUCUCAUCAUGACGCCCCGAUUCGAGCGCACACUUCGCUUCGCCAACGUGCACGCCAUGUUUGCCGUCGACCUGUUCGGCGUCAUCCUGUGGCUCUCUGCUUUUGCGACCCAGGCCGCCUACAACACAUCCGGCCUCUGCGGCAACCGCUGCAGCAUCAGCAAGGGCGUUGUCGCUAUCGGUGUCAUCAUCACCCUCCUCUUUGGCUGCAGCACCUUUAUUAGCGGCUACACCAUGACCUACUACAACUUUCACGGCAGCCUGCCCGGCUACAGCAACCGCAAGAUCCGCAGCGGCAGCAAUGACAUUGACCCCGACAAGGAGGCCUUCUCCAUGGCGCCCCACGGUGACGAGGCAUAUGAGCGCGUCCACAUGGACGACCAUGACCACGACGGCCACAGCGGUGCUGCCGCGGGCAGCUACGGUAGCCGGUACGGCAGCAAUCCCAACCCCUACAGCGGUGGGCACUACGACGAGGAGGACCCGAGCCGCUACGGCGCUUUGCCGCCACGCAGCAAUCCCGGUGCCUUUUUCGACAGCGAGACAGAGUAUCGCCCUGGCCCCAGUGCUGUCUCUCCGCCUCCGAUGGCACCUAGCCCUAUGCCGUACCGCCCUCCUGUUGUCGACGAUGCACCGGCUCAGUUUCCCCAUGCCCCUUAUGAUCGUGUAGACCGGUAA